AUGAAUGACCCCACUAUGUUGCAACAAAUGUCAAGCAACCCUAUGCUUUUAAACCGAGUUAUUGGUGCACAGAGUGGAGGUUUAAGAGCGGCACUUUUAGCGAAAAUGGCAGGCUAUGGUGGAGCUGCAGACGGAACAGCUUAUAACCCUCAAAGUCAAAUGAAUUUGAGUUCACUCAAAAAUCAAAUAACAGAUGUCAAAAAGUCAAACAUAGACAUACAGAAACAAAUAAGUGAAAACGAAAAGAAACUAGAAUAUGACAGACACACAAAGAAACUCAAUGAGUUAAACGUAGAGAAAAAGAAGAAAGAAGAACAACUGAAAGAACUAAGUACAGAGGAAUAUGCGAAAAAAGUGUCAGAAAAAGCAGCAGAAGUAGCAAAAAUGGAACAAGAUGUUAUAAAUUUGAAAAACCAUACUACUCAAUAUAAAGUACUGAAAGAUGAAGAAAUAAAACAAAAAGCCCUGAAGACAUAUAUGGAUAGCGAUGAGUAUAAAAAAGAAGUUGAAGCAAAUGUAAAGGCAGAAAAACUUUUACAGUUGCAAAACCAAACCGUACAGUAUGAAAACUUAGCACAAGAAAGUAAAAAUAACGACGCAGCCAUGCAAAAGGCAAUGAAAAGCGCAGAAUAUAUAAAAGCUAAUAAUGACUGGUUAGAUGCCCAAGCCAACGCUAAAGCAGCCCAACUUAUAGGGUCAAUAAGGACAAAAAUACAAGCGGAUGAAGACAGUUCAAAUGAAGCUUUAAUGAAUGCUGACUUUAAGAAUGCCUUCGAAGCUCUUCAUAGUAAGGUGAAACUAGUGAACGACUUCUCAUCUGGAAAGAAACUGAAGUCUGAAGGUUUCGACAAAGAGUUAAGAGAAGUAGCACAAAAUAUGACGAAAAUAACAGAUGCAGCAACGAGACAGGCAGUUCAAAGUGCCUAUGA